AUGGUUGGUACAUUAUCCGCGCACGCAAGGGUCCCGACGAUUCAUCUGUUUGGGCCACAAGCCCUUGCGUUCCGCGAAGAAGCCUUCAAUACGCUUAAGAAUGUGUUGAUUAGCACACCGCACCAUCAGUGGAUUCUAGAUGUUCUCGAAUCUCUUCCGGAAUUAUGGGAUACAGCUUCAAAGGAACUUCCAACUAUACAAUCUUUACCUGGCGGGAAAUUGCUUCAAACCUUGAAGACCUGGCUCAAGGAAAACUCAGUUACGGAAACGAUAUUUCCUCUCCCUAAUACCCUUCUCACACCACUUGUUGUCGUCACCCAUUUAACCCAAUAUUUGAGAUAUCUGGAACAUGUUGAUCCUACCUACCCGGGGCCGAAUCAUCUACAAUCACCCAUCCAUACCGAUUCAGAAACACUCGGUCUCUGCACAGGCCUCCUGAGCGCAAUAGUUGUGUCCAGUUCCACAAACAAAGAGCAGUUUCAACAUAAUGGAGCUGUUGCAAUACGUCUGGCAAUGCUUAUUGGAGCUCUGGUUGAUGCCGAGGAUGAGUCCAGCCCAGAAGGAGGAUCGAUCUCUCAGUCUAUUACUUGGAAUUCUUUAAAAUCACAGGCGAAGAUGCUAGAAGUGCUAAAGAGAUUUCCACGAGCCUAUAUAUCCGUUCGCUACGACGAGAAACGAGUCACAGUUACAUGCUCUAAAUAUACGGCAGCAAAACUUACCAGCCAGCUAAGGGCAGAAGGCCUGACAGUCGCGGAGCUCAACCUCCAUGGAUGCUUUCACUACGAGGGUCACCAAGACGCAGUGGAGUUACUUAUCCGAUUCUGUAAUUCCAAUCCUCAACUUCAAUUUUCAGAGCAUUCACGACCACUUUCUGCCAGCCAGUGCUACAAAUCAGACUCUGUCGAUGACAGGAAACCUCAUGUAAUUGCUUUGAGGUCUAUACUCGUGGAACAAUGUGACUGGUACCGCGCCUUUGCUGUUACACACUCUCCUCAGAAGAAUGACUCUCAAUCACAAGUCGUCCUUUUUGGUUAUGAUAAUUGCGUGCCGCCGUCAAUCGCGCGAAAACCAGGACGAAAAUUAGUAAAUGCUACGAACCUUGAAACCAUAGCUUCUCCAAUACCUAGAAGCCCGUCAGAUUCAGAAGUUAUGCCUGACUAUCUACGGAAUGCAGGUGAUAUCGCAGUUGUUGGUAUGGCCUGCAAAGUUGCCGGGGCAGAUGAUAUUGAACAAUUUUGGGACAUACUACGUUCUGGACAGUCACAACACACCGAACCACCUUCUGACCGCUUUCACUUUGGUACUUUUUGGCGUGAACUCGACCCUAAGCGAAAGUGGUAUGGCAAUUUUAUCACAGAUCCCGACGCAUUCGACCACAAGUUCUUUAAAAAGAGCCCUCGUGAGAUGAUAUCGACAGACCCACAGCAACGGUGGAUGCUUCAGGUUGCGUACCAAGCUCUGCAACAAUCAGGGUACUUCCUUUCGCCGGACCAAAAUAAACAUAUAGGCUGCUAUAUUGGCCUUGGGUGUGUGGAUUAUGAACAUAAUAUUGCUUGUUAUCCUGCCAACGCAUUCUCUGCGACUGGGAAUUUAAGAAGCUUCGUGGCCGGGAAGGUUAGCCAUUACUUCGGCUGGACUGGUCCCUCACUUACUAUUGACUCUGCUUGUUCAUCAUCUGCUGUGGCUAUCCAUCAUGCAUGCAAGGCAAUUCUUAGUGAUGAGUGCAGCGCCGCAAUUGCUGGUGGCGUAACGAUUCUAACUAGCCCUCAAUGGUUUCAAAACUUGGCAGGGGCGUCUUUUCUAAGCCCGACAGGCAACUGCAAACCGUUCGAUAUCGAUGCUGAUGGAUAUUGUCGAGGCGAGGGGGUCGGUGCGGUUGUCCUAAAGAAACUGUCCUCUGCACUUGCAAGUGGAGAUCAGGUCCUUGGAGUUAUUUCGAGCAGCGCGGUAUAUCAAAAUCAAAACUGCACACCAAUAACCGUUCCCAACGCAGAUUCCCUUUCUGGUCUAUUCCGGGAUGUUACCCGCAAUGCAAGGCUUGAACCCAAGCACAUAACGGUUGUCGAAGCUCACGGAACAGGCACCCCUGUUGGGGACCCGGCAGAAUAUGAAAGUAUUCUCAGGGUAUUUGGGGGCCCUAACCGCCCAGGUCCAGGUACUCUUUCGUUAGGCUCUGUGAAGGGGCUAGUUGGACACGCGGAAACUGCAGCGGGCAUCGUUUCAUUGAUUAAAGUCCUCCUUAUGAUUCAAGAGGGCUUCAUUCCGCCACAGGCAAGCUUUAAGACAAUCAAUCCCGCGAUUAAACACUCUUCAUCAGACAAAAUUGAAAUCACAACAACAUUUAAAAAGUGGGAAACGGACUUUCCAGCUGCCUUAAUCAACAAUUAUGGAGCUUCGGGCUCGAAUGCCUCGCUCAUAAUCACUCAGUCACCUGAGCCCAGACCGGAAACAAUAACUGAUAUGUCGACCUUGCUAUCUGGGGUAAAGCUUCCAUUUUGGUUCUGCGGAAAUGAUGACAAUAGCCUCCGAAGAUACUCUGCUCGGUUUCGUCAGUUCUUGGGGUCAAGGGUUUCACGCGGAAAAGUCACAACUGUUCCCGACCUAGCAUUUAAUCUCCACCGUCAAUCCAAUCGAAUGCUUAGUCGCGCUUUAAUUCUCAGCUGUGGCUCGACAGCCGAGUUAGAAGACACCCUCACGAAAUUUGAGAAUGGCGAGUCGGAAAUUCUGCCCACAAACUGCCCUACAUCCAGACCCGUCAUUCUUUGCUUUGGAGGUCAAAUAUCUACAUUUAUCGGCUUGGACCGCGAAGUGUAUGAUAGUUGCAAGGUCUUCCGAAGUUAUCUGGAUCAAUGCAACACGGUAAUCCAAUCUGUUGGCUUGGAGGACAUAUACCCGGAUAUCUUCCAGAAAGAACCAAUGAAUGACGUUGUGAAACUCCAAACAAUACUUUUUGCAACUCAAUACUCCUGUGCCAUGUCAUGGAUCGACUGUGGGAUUAAACCAAUUUGUCUUGUUGGGCACAGUUUUGGAGAGCUCACCGCACUCUGUGUUUCUGGAGUCCUAUCCCUUGCUGGAACAGUUAAAAUGAUUGCAAAUCGUGCGCGCCUCGUUAGGGAUGCAUGGGGCCCUGACAAGGGUUUUAUGAUGGCCAUUGAAGCCGAUCUCCAAUAUGUGGAACAACUAUUGUGUGAGGCAAAUAGACAACACGAUAGCAAUUGCGACGUGACAAUUGCGUGUUAUAAUGGCCCUCGGAGCUUUACAAUUGCUGGACCCGCCCAAUCUAUCAAAAUAAUUGAAGCGGUAAUGGCCAGCAAUCCGGCCUUUUCUUCGAUGAAAUUGAAAAAGUUGAAUGUCACAAAUGCAUACCAUUCAACGUUAGUUGGACCCCUCGUGGAACCUUUGGAUAAAGUUGGGCGGGAUUUACUCUUUCGUGAAGCUAGAAUCCCCAUUGAAAGAUGCACAAAACACCCAAUGUCUUCCAACCAGUUUAGUUCUGGAUUUGUGGCACAGCAUAUGAGAUACCCGGUAUACUUUAAUCAUGCAGUACACAGGCUCUCACUCAAACAUCCAGCAUCUAUCUGGCUAGAGGCAGGCUCCAAUUCCACUAUUACCGGGAUGGCAAGUCGAGCUUUGAAUCUACCUCCAAAUACUCACUUUCAAGCCAUAAACAUCACCAGCGGUAAGGGCUUGCAAAACCUUACUGAUGCUACCAUUAGCCUAUGGAAACAUGGCGUCCAUAUGACAUUCUGGCCCCAUCAUUCAUCCAAAACUUCUGAAUAUAACCCAAUUCUCCUCCCACCUUAUCAGUUUGAUAAGACAAGACAUUGGGUUACCCUUAAAAAACCACAAGAAGCACUUGACAACCUUGCAUCCGAGCCUCAGGCCCCUGAAAAAUUAUCGGUAGGCCUCUGGAACUUUGUUGGGUACAAAGAUGAUGAUAAACGGCGCGCGCGAUUCAAGGUCAAUACUGCAAGCAAGGAAUUUGAGGAAUAUGUUGCUGGACACACCAUCGCUCAUGCAGCUCCGUUAUGCCCUAGCACUCUCCAAUUAGAUAUUGUUAUUGAAGCCCUUGUAACGAUACGGCCAGAAUUUCUACCUUCCAACUUCCAGCCACAACUUCGGGACCUUGAAAACCACGCUCCAGUUUGCCUAGACCCAACUCUUUGUGUUUGGCUAGAUGUUGAAGCCACCGAUUCACAGUCACACGCAUGGGACUUUAAAAUGAUCAGUGGACCAGCUAAUGACAACCCAGUCCCAACUUUACACGUUUCUGGCAAGAUUAUCUUUACGUCUAACGAGGACGAGCAGCUUCGGAAUGAUUUUGCAAGGUAUGAGCGCCUUUCUGGCCACGAACGUUGCCUCCUCCUUCUCAAUGGAGACGAAUGUGACGAUGUUAUCCAGGGCCGCAACAUUUAUAAGGUCUUCGCCGAAGUUGUAGAUUAUGGGCCUAUUUAUCGUGGAGUCCAGAAGCUUGUUGGCAAAGGGAACGAGUCUGCCGGGCGGGUAGUCAAAAAAUAUACCGGAACCACCUGGCUUGAUACUCCACUAGCGGAUUCAUUCUGCCAGUGUGCUGGUAUUUUCGUUAACUGCAUGACCGAUAUAUCAGACAAGGAAAUGUAUAUUUCCACGAAAAUUGAACAAUGGAUUCGCUCUCCUAAAUUGCUCCCAGGCGAUUUGCGACCAAAUGUCUGGCAUGUCCUCGUGUUCCAUCGCCGCCCAUCUGAAAAGGAGUUCCUUAGCGACGUGUUUAUCUUCGACUCUCAGAAUGGUGCACUACUAGAAAUUAUACUUGGAAUAGGUUACAAGAAAGUAUCGAAGCGAAGUUUAGGCAAAAUGCUGUCCAAUCUUACUCCUGGGAGGAAGUCAGAAAUGAACCCUGCGCAGCCGGCUGUGAACGUUGAAAAUAGCAACGAAGCUUCAGGUUUUGAUCAACCUCCAACAACUACGAUUUCAAAGGAAACACUAUCUAAUCCCAAGGCAUUCAAGGAUGUUUCAGAAGACGUUAGGAAUCUACUCGCGAAUGUCUCAGGCCUGGAACCCCACGAGAUCAAAAAUGAGACGAGCCUUUCUGACAUUGGGAUUGACUCACUCAUGGGUAUGGAGUUGGCCCGCGAAAUCGAAACUGUCUUCAAAUGUUCAUUGGAUACAGAGGUACUGAAUGCGGUGACUGACUUCAAGAGCUUGAUGAAAUGCAUUCAAGAAGCCUUGGGCUGUAGCCAACCCGACGCAACACCUGAGGGAAAUGCGAAAAUAGGCGCGGUUGCUAUUAAGGCAAAUAUUAACGUGGACAUUAAAGCUACCAAGGUGAAUGGCCAUACUCAUCAAAUGAACGGCACCCUUUCCGAAGACGAGGAGUUAAACCUUCCAACUGAGAUAAUUCUUGAGGCCUUUGGAGAAUCAAAGCAACUCACGGAUGAGUUUAUAUCUGAUCACAAAUUUGCAGAUUAUGCAUACUGUGUUCUGCUCAAGCAGAAUGAACUUUGUGUUGCGUACAUAGUCGAGGCAUUUGAGAAGCUCGGAUGUUCCCUUCGAAAGGCAAAAACGGGUGACACAUUGGAUCGCAUCCAAUAUCUCCCCAAACAUGAGAAAUUUGUGAAUUAUCUCUAUAUGAUGCUCGAGAAGGAGGCCCGUUUGGUGGACAUAGACGAAGAUACUGGAAUCAAGAGGACAGCCAUCCAGCCACCCAUCAAGCACUCUGGAGCUUUAUUACAGGAACUUAUUACCAAUUAUCCUGACCAUGCCAAUGACCACAAGCUCACACACCUGAUUGGCUCCAAGUUAGCAGAAUGCCUAUCUGGUAGAUGCGAUGGGGUACAGUUGAUAUUUGGGUCAUCUGAAGGAAGAGAACUUGUUUCCGGCCUCUAUGGCAGGUCGCCAAUCAAUAUGGUGUGGCUUAAACAGAUGGAAGAUUUCAUCAGGCGCCUUAUACUCAAACUUCCAACUCACAGUGGCCCUCUUAAGAUAUUGGAGAUGGGUGCUGGUACGGGAGGAACUACUGCCGUCCUCACUCCUCUCUUGGCCAGUCUCGGGGCCGCAGUUGAAUACACAUUCUCUGACCUUUCCUCAUCGUUGGUUGCUGCUGCUAGAAAAAGGUUCAAGGCCAACUCUUUUAUGAACUUCCGCGUUCACGACAUAGAGAAGGAUCCCGCUACUGAACUGCUUCAUAGUCAGCAUAUCGUGAUUGCGAACAACUGCGUUCAUGCUACUCAUAACUUGGUACACUCGACCGAAAAGAUCCGUCAAGUUUUGAGGCCCGACGGAUUCUUGAUGAUUUUAGAAAUGACUGAUACGCUGUACUGGGUAGAUCUUGUCUUUGGUGUCCUCGAAGGCUGGUGGCUUUAUGACGAUGGACGAAAGCAUGUGGUGGCACAUCAGUCCAUAUGGGAAAGGUCCAUGCUGUCAGCUGGGUAUGGCCAUGUUGACUGGACCGAAGGAAACCGCCCUGAAGCAAAUAUCCAACGAAUUAUAGUUGCUUUAGCCUCUGGAUCUAGGUAUGAGCGCUUGCCUAUGGCCCUAAACCACGCUCAGAGUCAAACAACUGACUGUGCGGCUCGUCAGGCCGUAGUUGACGAAUAUGUCCGAGAGUAUACUAGAGUAUUCACUCCGUCAACCAGAACGAACGAACAAUCUUUUUCAUCAGAUCUGCAAGGUCAUAGCGUGCUUGUUACAGGGGCAACUGGAAGCUUGGGAUCCCACCUUGUCGCUCAUUUCGCGCGAUUACCCACGAUCAGAGAAGUAGUAUGCUUGAACCGACGAAAUAGCAUGGAUGCAUCACUUCGUCAACUGCAGUCGCUGGGAGAUAAAGGCAUCUCAUUAGAUCAAAAAUCCCUCUCAAAACUGAAAAUACUCGCAACUCAGAGCGAUAGAGAUAUGUUGGGGCUGGAAAGAGCCGAGUAUGAAUACCUUGCGAGCUCAGUUACGCACAUUGUCCACGGAGCCUGGCCAAUGAGCAUAAAGCGGCCAGUAAAGGGAUUUGAACCGCAGUUUCAAGUUAUGAGGAACUUGAUUGACUUAGCUGCCGAAAUAUCAAGCGCAAAGCCUGCAUCGAAAGUUGGAUUUCAAUUCAUCUCAUCUAUUGCUACCGUUGGGUAUUAUCCAAUUCAUACUCAUCAGACUCAUGUGCCUGAGGAAGGUGUGGCUAUUAACUCAGUCCUACCAAGUGGCUACGGAGAUGCAAAAUUGGUAUGCGAGAAAAUGUUAGAGCAAACACUCCAAAAUCACCCUGAUAGAUUCCGCGCUAUGUCCGUACGUAUCGGACAAAUUGCUGGGUCCAAAGGCAAUGGACUCUCCGGUCAUUACCAGAUCUUAAAGGGGAACUUUCGUGGUACCCUGUUGAUGAUGUUGCAGCAACGCUUAGUGAUCUCCUCGUAUUAG